AUGGUCUGUCGACGUGUAUUUUACGUGCUCGCGUCCAACGCGCUCCUCGUCUCGGCCUCGUACUUUUCCAAAGGUUGGUCCCCCGACGCCGCGAGCCAGGCUGCGGCGGCGAGCCCAACUCCUCGUCUCUCGUCCCUUGGUAGCACUGGUGCAUCUCCGACGGGUGCUCCUGCGCGCUUCGACUGGUCAAAGCUGUUCACCGCCGGCCCUGUGGCCAGUUUCUUCGAGUUGACGGGCAUAAAUGUGACGCAGCGAUGGGAGGCGGCACAACAGGCAGCUGCCGUGAAACCAUAUGAUACACGUAUCCCAAUGAUCACCGAUGACAACUAUGACGAGCUCGUCAGAAAGGGCGACCCUAACGAUACCUGGUUCAUGGUCGUUACGCUAGGUGACCCUCGUGAUCCAAUAUCCAAGGAUGUCGAUGCGAUUUACGACCAGGCGUUCAAUGUGACCCUUGAAGCCAAUGACACUCCCCAUGUCAAGUGGGGUCGUGUGGACUAUAUGGAUGUCACUAGAGUGACCACAGAAUGGAUGGUGUGGAAAGCACCAAUCAUGGUCGUUGCUCGCGACCAAGGACGAGAACUUCGAUUCAUGUAUCCAUCUAAUCUCGUCAUGCAACCGGAAUCCAUCCACCAGUUUCUCAAACUCGGUCGUUGGACCGAUAUUCCGAUUUGGACGGGCCCUUUUGCACCUGGAGGCUCACUGGAAGGAGUUGUUAAGAUGUAUGCCAACAUUGCGACACCGCUAUACGCGAUGGCGAAUCGUAUCCCUAAGUGGAUCUUCCUUCUCGCGAGUGGCAGCGUCGCGAGUUUGCUCAUCCAGCUCAUGCAUAAAGAACCUGCUGCUGAGACCACCAAUGGGUCCACUCCGGCCUCCACUUCGGGUCGCCCAAAGCGAUUCGUCGUCAAAAAGGCCAGUGAGGUGCACCCAGAACUCAGUAGCAGUGUAAUGACUGCAAGCGUCGGAUACCGAGCCGCAAACUCGUUGCGUAGUGAAGCCAUCAAGAUUGAUCGACUGAAUACCAUCUUGGAUUGCACAGAGUACGCUGUUCUGGUUCGCCAAGAUGCUACUCGCAAACAUCAAGAGGCCCUCAAGGCAGAGAUUGAGCCACAGGUACAGGCACUACUCAAAUUGAGAGAGGAACGGCGCGCCGAGCGAGAUAAGCAAGAAGAGCGAUACAGACGACGGGCGAGUGCUCGACAGAGUGGCGGAACACCCAAGAGCGAGGUCGCGGCUGUACGGAGAGAACAGCUGCUGCUCCAACGUCGGGAUCGAUUGAGGAGGGAGAAUCAGGAUUUGGAGAGGCAAUUGGCUGAACAAAGACGAGACUAG